UUAGACGAUGUCUGGAAUGAGCAAAAAAGCCGUUGGGAGUCCUUAAGAAUCCCUUUUGUUGGAUCAGAAACAGUAAGAAUUAUCGUAACCUGUAGGAAUGAUUCGGUUGCCAAGAUCAUGCAGGCAGUGCAUCCUUAUCAUCCUGAUUACUUGUCUCCAGAGCAGUCUUGGUCAUUAUUCAGGCAUUAUGCAUUUGGUGGUCGAGACGUUGAAGAACAAUCACACUUGGAAGGCAUUGGUAAGCAGAUCGUCAACAAGUGUUCCGGUUUACCAUUGGCUGUGAAGACAAUAGGAAGCCUUCUGGGAUACGAGACAGAUGAAGAUGGUUGGAUGGAGGUCUUACAGAGUGAUCUAUGGGAACUAGACAAGAACAAUGAGAUUUUGGCAUCUCUUAGAUUAAGCUAUAUUCGCAUGCCAGCACAUCUGAAAUCCUGUUUCCUUUACUGUUCCAUGUUUCCGAAGGAUCAUGUGUUUGACAAAGAUGUUUUGGUCAGACUCUGGAUGGCACAAGGUUACAUCCCACCUCGAGGUAGAAAAAAAAUGGAGGACAUCGGAGAUGAAUGUUUUAAUGACUUGCUAAGAAGAUCGUUCUUUGAUCGCCAUUUUGGCAGGUUGAAGAUGCAUGAUAUGAUACAUGAUCUAGCAAAAUUUAUUGCUGGAAAUGAGUGCUACGUAGUUGUGGAUAAGGAGCUACCCGGUUCUCCUGAUAAGGUUCGCCACUUAUACGUGGAUUAUGCGGUAGAAUCAAUGAAAUUACUGCGCUCGUGUAAUCUGAGGGCACUACGGACCUUGUUACUAUGCGAUCAGAUUGGAAUCCAAGAUAUCAUCCAGUUUCCGCCGCUGCUAAGAUGUUUAAGAUUUUGUUGGCAAAGGAGAGAUGAGACCCCAGAUUUGCUCAGGAACGUGAAGCACCUACGCUACUUGCAAAUCGAUUCCAGUUGUAUUGUGAGGCUCCCUGAAUCAGUAUGCCUGCUUUACCACCUACAGAUCUUGAUUCUUUAUUGUGGUCAUCUUGUAAAGUUACCAGAUGGCUUAGGUAACCUUAUUAACCUACGAUACUUUGAGCUACACUCACAUGCUAUUGAAAGGCUCCCUGAAUCAGUUUGUCGGCUACGCAACCUGCAAACUUUGGAUCUUUGUUUGUGCAGGGAACUUAAAGAGUUACCCAGUGGCAUGGGAAACCUUACCAACCUCUGCCACCUAGAUACGACGGGCGCUCAAAUUCUCUGUCUGCCAGCUGGAAUCGAAAAACUAAGAAAUCUUCAGAGAUUGAGUGGACGUUAUAGAGUGCAGGGUGGUGGGAUAGGAGUGUUGAAGGACUUGGCGAAGCUCCAAGGAGAUCUCUUCAUCUCAGCGCUCAGGAACUUGGUCAGCAUAGAGGAUGCGAAGGAUGUUGGUCUUAAAUAUAAGCAUAAACUUGAACUUGAGCAGUUGCAUCUAUUUUGGGAUGCCGACUGCGAAAAUGAUUGGCAUUGUUUGGGCGAUAAUAUUAGACUACAUCUAAAAGCUUUUCUAAAGGAAAAUAAGGAUGUCCCAGCCGAUGAAGAAAGGGAGGAAGCCCUGCUUGAGUAUCUCCAACCUCCAGCCAACCUCAAAACGUUGCUCAUAGAAGGGUAUGGUGGUUCCAAGUUUCCACAAUGGGUGGGAAAUUCUCUCUCCUUUGCAUCACUUCGACAAAUCCAUAUAAUUGGAUGUCAAAAUGUAAGGUCCCUUCCCCUAUACAUCCAUGACUCUCUUGGAAAAUUGGAUGCAUCCACAUCAAAAUCCAUGCUUGAGAUGGUGCAUAUUUCUGGUUGCCCGAAACUCACAUCCAUAGGAGGGCUGCAUAAUCUCCACUCACUUUACGGACUCAAUAUAUCCGUUUGUCCUCAGCUCCUGGUAUUAUCAGAGGAAGGACUACCAUCCAAGCUUCAAUAUCUGCAUAUUGAGGAGUGCCAACGGCUGACAUCAUUCCCGGGGAUGCAAAACCUUACUUCUCUUAAAGAAUUAAGCAUAAUAAAUUGUCCUCAACUCCGGCUCUCAUCAGAGGAAGGACUGCUACCUGAGCUUCAAUAUCUGUGUAUUGAGGAGUGCCAGCAGUUGACGUCGCUGUGGGGGAUGCCUCUCACACACUUAACUAUGAAAGAUUGUCCUAAACUUCGGAUCAUGGUAGAAGAUCAGCUCUCAUCUAUUCAGAUCGCUUCAAGCAACAAACUUAUAUCGAACAUAUGGUGGAACAUCAACCGACGGGUUGAUGAUCUGACAUCCACUGAUCAUGUACUUGAAGAGUUGACAAUAUGGAGAUGCACGUACAUCCCACCACCAGAAGACCUGCCCAACUUCACAUCUCUUCGAAGCUUGGUCGUAAAGGAUUGUCCUAGAAUCAAAUUCCUGCCAUGUAAACUGCUCCCAUCCACGCUCAAGUCCUUCGUAGUUGAUGGUUGUGAGGAUCUAAUGUACUUGAAGUUGGCGCAGCAGAACCGAGAUGCAUUGGAGGAGCUACGGCUUGUAAAUUGCCCAAAGCUCAAAUGGGUGCCAGGGCUGAAGAGCCUUUUCUUCCCAAAAAUCUUAAGAAUAGAACAAUGCCCUCAACUUCCGCAAUUUUUAAUAGAGGAAACAGAGAACAGAGGAACAAUCGACGAUUGAACACAGGAGAAACAAGUGUUGAAUUGUGUGAUGAUCGAGCAGGCUAACAGUGCUGUGUCUCCCAUAUUUGAUGCCGCAGAUGAUUGCAACUUGGGUCAAUUCCUACAGCUCGGGCUUCCUACUGGUUGCAGCUCUCAGUCCCCAGAACAAAUCACUGCAGAACCAUCGUUGACAGACAAGGAGCUUGUGGCAAUGAUGAAUUGUGAGAUGGAAGACAAUGACUGCAACCAUGACAAGAACCCAUUAUAUGAUAAUUAUCCAUUCUCCCAUUCCAUGAUGGUUAAUCAAUUAACCGCACAGAUGAAG